AUGGAUAUGCUUUCCGCAGCUGAGCAGCGCACUCUUGAGCAGCGCAUGCAGAAGCGCCAGGUCAAGGAGUUUAUGGGUGCAUUCGGUGGUCUUGUUGAGCACUGCUUCAUGUCCUGUGUCGAUGACUUCACCUCAAAGGCCAUCUCAACCCGAGAAAGUGGCUGCAUCAACCGCUGCGUUCAGAAGUGGAUGGCUUCUCAACAGCGCAUCAGCGACCGCUUCCAAGAGCACAACGCCCAGCUCACAGCCCAGAUGAACAAAUAA